GGGAGGACUCACCUUGCACCUCAUCAGAGGGGCGCACCUGUGCCGCCAGCCUCCACGCGCCGAGAAGUUCUCAAGGUAGCGAAUCCGGAACCCCCAACUUCCUCUGGACAUGAAUCAAACAGCUGGAGCCUCCAAUAACAUCAGGUGUCCCCCCGGGAAAGGCCACAAGGAGCUGGUGGGGAGCAACCCUCCUCAGAGGAACUGGAAAGGCAUCGCCAUCGCUCUGCUGGUCAUUCUGGUCAUCUGCUCCCUGAUCGUCACCUCGGUCAUCCUGCUGACACCAGCGGAAGACAACAGUCUGUCCCAGAAGAAGAAGGUCACCGUGGAAGACCUCUUCAGUGAAGAUCUCAAACUCCACGACCCCGAGGCCAAGUGGAUAAGUGAUAAAGAAUUCAUCUACAGAGAACGGGAAGGCUCUGUGAUACUGCGGAACGUCGAGACAAAUGAGUCUACAGUGUUAAUAGAAGGCAAAAAAAUUGAAUCAUUAAGAGCCAUCAGAUACGAAAUCUCUCCAGAUAAGAAAUAUGCACUUUUUUCAUAUAACGUGGAACAAAUAUACCAGCACUCCUACACUGGCUACUACGUCCUCAGCAAACUUCCUCACGGAGAUCCUCAGAGUCUGGACCCUCCGGAGGUGAGCAACGCCAAGCUUCAGUAUGCAGGAUGGGGUCCCAAGGGCCAGCAGCUGAUCUUCAUCUUUGAGAACAACAUCUACUACUGUGCGCACGUGGGGAAGCAGGCCAUCCGCGUGGUCUCCACCGGGAAGGAGGGCGUGAUCUACAACGGCCUGAGCGACUGGCUGUACGAAGAGGAGAUUCUGAAGACCCACAUCGCGCACUGGUGGUCUCCCGAUGGCACGAGGCUGGCCUAUGCCACCAUCAACGACUCCCGUGUCCCCCUCAUGGAGCUGCCCACCUACACGGGCUCCGCCUACCCCACCGUGAAGCCCUACCACUAUCCCAAGGCCGGCAGCGAGAACCCCAGCAUUUCCCUGCACGUCAUCGGCUUGAACGGACCCACCCACGACCUGGAGAUGAUGCCCCCUGACGAUCCACGGAUGAGGGAGUACUACAUCACCAUGGUGAAGUGGGCGACCAGCACCAAGGUGGCUGUGACCUGGCUGAACCGCGCACAGAACGUGUCCAUCCUGACCCUGUGCGAUGCCACCACAGGGGUGUGCACCAAGAAACACGAGGAUGAGAGUGAAGCUUGGCUGCACAGACAGAAUGAAGAGCCAGUGUUCUCCAAGGAUGGCCGGAAGUUCUUCUUUGUCAGAGCGAUCCCGCAGGGGGGACGAGGAAAGUUCUACCACAUCACUGUGUCCUCAUCCCAGGUAAAUCCUGCUGGUUUCUACAGCUGCAGGUGCUGCUGGUACUCGCUUCUCGUGGCCAAACUCACAUGUCCUUCCCAAGGGCCCCGGGGACCCCAGGCUGCUGACACUCAGGCUGGGCUCCAAGGCGGGGGCAGAAGGCUGCACUUGUCCUGGGUAGAGGUUCUGAGCAGGGCAGGGUGGAGCUUUGCUUUUUGCAUUGAUGCUCCAGGGCACAAGUGUGAGCGUCUGACCCAUCUGGCAAUGGCAGAGGGGACCCUGUUCAAACACCUGACUCUGGGCUUCAGUGGUGGGGUAGGAGCACCCCUGAGCAGUGACCUCAGAGGUUGCGGCCGGGUGCCGGGCUCUGGUUCACGGCAUCUCUGCUCUCGCAGCGCCAACACAGUGGGCAACUUCAACAGGCAGUGUCUGUCCUGUGACCUGGUCGAGAACUGCACCUACUUCAGCGCCUCCUUCAGCCACAGCUCGGACUUCUUCCUGCUCAAGUGUGAAGGUCCUGGAGUGCCCACUGUGACCGUGCACAACGCUACAGACAGGAAAAAACUUUUUGACCUGGAGACGAAUGAGCAUGUCCAGAAGGCCAUCAGUGACCGGCAGAUGCCCAAGAUCGAAUACAGGAAGAUCGAGAUUGAUGAUUAUAACUUGCCCAUGCAGAUCCUAAAGCCGGCGACCUUCACGGACACGGCCCACUACCCCUUGCUCCUCGUGGUGGACGGCACUCCCGGGAGCCAGAGUGUGGCGGAGAAGUUUGAGGUGACUUGGGAGACGGUGAUGGUGAGCAGCCAUGGGGCGGUGGUGGUCAAAUGUGACGGCCGAGGCAGCGGCUUCCAAGGCACCAAGCUCCUGCAUGAAGUGAGGAGGCGGCUGGGCGCCCUGGAGGAGAAGGACCAAGUGGAGGCUGUGAGGACCAUGCUGAAGGAGCCGUACAUCGACAGAACGCGGGUGGCUGUGUUCGGGAAGGACUACGGCGGAUACCUGAGCACUUACAUCCUCCCGGCCAAGGGUGAAAAUCAAGGCCAGACCUUCACCUGUGGCUCUGCUCUGGCGCCAAUAACGGACUUCAAGCUGUACGCGUCUGCGUUUUCUGAGCGGUACCUGGGCCUCCACGGACUGGACAACAGGGCGUACGAGAUGACCAAGGUGGCCCACCGGGUGUCGGCGCUGGAGGAACAGCAGUUCCUGCUCAUCCAUGCCACGGCGGACGAAAAAAUCCACUUCCAGCACACAGCAGAGCUCAUUACACAGCUCAUUAAGGGAAAGGCUAAUUACAGCUUACAGAUAUACCCCGACGAGAGCCACUACUUCCACAGCGCUGCGCUCCAGCAGCACCUCUACAGGUCCAUCAUCAACUUCUUUGUGGAAUGCUUCAGGGUCCAGGACAAGCUACCAGCCGCUGCAGCGAAAGAGGACGAGGAGGAGGACUGACCGCGUGCCAGCCCUCGGCACAGACGUGGCUCUUUCUACCACAAUAUGCAACUGAGGAAUCCCCCUGCCGCCCUCCUCCCCCCGGGGGCCAGGCGGAGGUGUUGAGGUCCCACAGCAUGCCUCCUGGGUACCUAAGGCAGUUUGGCUUGGGGACCAGCUCCCUCCCCAGUGGAGAUGUGUCCCCUCGCAACCUGGAACCCCCAGCUCGGCCGCAUCGCCUCCUCCUGGCCCCACCGUGACUGGCACAUCCCAUGGCCCCUCCCCCAGGGGACACAGCAACGGACAGAUGGCAGUGAGGGCCACUUUGAGCCCACAGGAAACCGGCCCCUAAGUCCAAGCUUUCAGUCGUAGCAUUAAGACCACCCCCCGCGCUAGCGUGCUGCGGCUUGCGGCAGGAGUGCGCCCUGUGUGACUGGACCGUGCCGUGGGAGUGGGGACGGCGGCCAGGACAGCCCCUUGUCUUGGCUGGAUGUGUCCACACUGGCCUGUUCGUUUCUAUAACCAGGAGUUGGCAUCACUCGGGACUGCGCCAAGGAAACAGACCCUUUUCUGUACAAAGUCUUACUGUAGCUACGUAAUGGUUAACCUGAUAGAAUUAACUCAUAUUUUUCUAUGGUUUUCGCCUGACGCUCCCUGGUCUGGGCUUGUGGGGUUGUUUUCCUGUGCUUUUUCUUCCUUCUCUGUCUCUUCCUGUUGCUUUGUUUUGCUUUCCAUUGGGCACUUGUUUGGAUGAAGUCACCGCUCUGUCCUCAGGGUGGUCUUCAGACUGUGGAGGCAUUUCCAACCCUGAGGAAUAGACAGACCCCCCCUUCCAAUGAGCCAUGUUAGGAUCCGGCUGUAGGUCCACGUUGUCCAUGCACACCUGUCCUUAAGCCCAUCUCCUCCUCUUUGAUAAGUUGUCAAGUCUUUCCAGAUGAUAUUUGGCUAAAAAUCAUGCAAAGUGUCGAUCCCACCCACAGGUCUGUUGAGCAAGCUCCGGCAGCCCUGGCGGGCAGCCCUGCCUCCGACCCGGGAUGGCUUGUUCCCCUCCCCCGCAGACAGUGAGGUCCCUGCUGUUCUCCGCCAGCCUCGUGAGAUCCACUCUGGCCGGACGUGCGGCUGCUGUUCCCAGUGUGCAUUUCAUUUUGUUGUAUAUAAAGAAAGGACUGCGUGUCCGUCCAGCGUGUGUGCAGACUCCCCCCGCAGCACUGACCUUGUGUUGAGCUUGCAUGCAGACACCUCUUGGCUGGUCUGGACUCCCUAGAGGUCUUAGUUUGAAAUCUAUCAAUCACCAUCAUUUCCUUUUGAGCUUGCAGACAGCCCAAAUGUCAGUGCUGAUUUCCAGCUUCCGGUUCUGCUGGGGUGCCCUAGACGUCCUGUCCUCAGAGAUGUGUCCAUGUUGCUUUUUGGUGUUGGGGGUCCUGGUUCCACCCACAAGAGCUUUGAAGGUCAGUCCUUGUAAGAUCCCUGGAAGGUCUGAUUGUGGGACUUUGCCAUGUGCGUAGAUGACCACCGUGCCAACCAGCAGGACCGAUCCAAAGUCCCAUGGUGUGCUGUGCUCUCAGCAGGCGCGACUGGCUGCUGAGCCCAGGAGGUCCUGAGGGGAAACCAGCAUGGCCGCAGGUCUGGCCGGAGGGAGGGACGUGGGGAUGUGGCAUGGCAGCGUCUGUUCAUCAUGGAAUAAAACAUUAUUUUACCACUUGGA